GUUUAGUGAAACGUUUUCAAACGUGACAAAUUCGAAGCGCGUGGCUUUAGGUUUUCAGUGAUUUUGCAGGUUUAGUUCAGCUAAAAGCAUUCACUAUGGCGACUAUGCCCUUAAACCCUAAGCCCUUUCUCAAUGGGCUGACUGGUAAACCAGUCAUUGUCAGACUCAAAUGGGGAAUGGAAUACAAAGGAUAUCUUGUGUCUGUGGAUGGCUACAUGAAUCUUCAGCUUGCCAAUACAGAAGAGUUCAUUGAUGGUGCCCUGACUGGCAACUUAGGUGAAACACUCAUUAGGUGUAACAAUGUUCUUUAUGUACGUGGAAUAGAUGAAGAAGAAGAGGACGGAGAGAUGAGAGAAUAGUUUUAGGCUACAAACAUUCUUUGUAUCAUAAUUAUUAACUGUAAAAAAAAAAGUUUUGACUUUACCACAUGUAUUAGUGUUUUAUUUCCAUAUCUGCUCUAGAGUUUUCCUCUUGAAUGGUAAUACUGUACACUUGCUUGGAAGCUGCUAAGUUACAUUGUACAAUGUACAAUGUGCAAUGUAGUUUUUUUUUUUUGAGAAAUUUGAAGUUCAUGUAACUUCUUUUCGUGCCAUUUUCUGUCACCCAAACAGGAGCUCUAGAAGGGAAAAAAAUUACAUGUAAUUUGUAAUUAGUGUUUUUUGUGUUUUCUGGUCAAAUCUUUUAUAAUAUGAAAUUUGACCCGACCUUUGUAUUUGCAAUCACUGAAGUUGGCAAAACUGCCGUGUAUGUGGAUUUGCAAAGUUGUCGACAAUUUUUAAUUACAUUUAAGAAAAAGGAAAAGUGAAAGCCGAGGGCAUCUGGGCGGUAACGCACAUGUAGGGAUAUUAAAAGUAGACAAGAUCUAUGUAUAA